AUGAUCAGGAGUGAUGGCGAUGCUGCCCUGGAGGAGUACGGCCUUUUGCUGCAGGUUGUGCGGGACCACAUGCUGCGGCGUCAAGGGCCCGGCCAGCCACUUGUGCUCCAACUUCAGAGCGACGGGGCGGAGGGCGGCGAUCACGUCACGUUUUUGCUUGGACAGGUCGUGGCGGACCCACCCGACCCUGUGAGAAGACAGCCGCGGCCGGGGGACGGCUCCGGACCACCGGCUGCCUCCUUGCCAUUCUUGGCAGAGCUGGGUCCCUUGCUUCUUCAGGCGCUGGCGAUGCAAGUGAUAUUCGGCGAGCAGCGACGCCGCAUGGCGGCUCCUCUUGACCAGGAAGCAGUAGGAAGACUCCAGCGCAUGAAAAUAAACCGUGAUAUAGUGGCCCAGCUUGAGAUGGAGGGACAGGGAGUCUGUUCCAUCUGCCAGGAGGCCUUUUCCGCCGGCUGCGAGGUGUACCGCCUUCCGUGUGGACAUAUGUUUGACGUCUUGUGCCUGAAGCAGUGGCUUGAACGCACGCGAACGUGCCCCAACUGCCGCUUCAUCUUGCAGGAUGUGGAUCAGCAGUACAGGGAUGUGGUUGCACCGACAUGGUGGAGAAGCGCAGGCGAGAGUGCAGAGGAGCGGGAGGGGAAGAAGUGCCAGUGCGUUGCCACCGUACUGGGAGGGGAGGCGCCGGCCCAUAGCCGUUUACCGACUUCACUGGUCGUCGAAGUUGCGGACGCGGAGGUUCGCAGUCGUCACCCGCAGCUCCCGCAGCAGACCUUGCGGACGCAGCAGCAGCAGCCACAACAGCAGCGGCUUUUGGGAUUGUUGCCGCAACCAGUAGGAACGUUGAGGGCGCCUUCACCCGUCUCACUUAGUAGCAUGACGGAUAGAGAGGCAUCGUUGGAGGGAAAUGGCGGGUAUAGUUUUCUGUCUAUUUAUGGGGCUCCGGCGCAUCGUGGAGUUAACCUGGAACCAGUACCACCGCCGACUGUGCCGCAGCGAACAGGUGGGGCAUUCCGUGAAGAGCGUUUUGCGGAGGAGGCAGUAACGCCGCCGUCGCAUGCCCCGUCGCGUUUAAGCGAGUUGCGUAUCGCGGGAAAUGUCAACCGCGCCUCGCAACGGCGGGAUCGUCUUCCCGUGCACGAGGAGCAAUGGUCUACGCCCCUACACUGGUCUGAGCUAUCGUUGCCAUCCUCUGGCACAUUGGAGGGGGACGCGGCCGCCAGCCCCGCCAUUGCUAGUACUGUGGGGGAGGCGCCUUUUUCCCUCGCGCAGCAUGUCAUUAGUGACGGCGGUGGGGACGACGUUUCGACGUCCCUGCCGCGUGGCACCCCUCGCUCGGAGGAGAGUCAAACCUUCGGUGGUGACACAUUGAUACAAAAUGUACUCCUUCCUCCACAACCGACGGGGACGCCAGCAGUGGCGGGUAGUGCAAGGCAAGUGGUGCAGGCGUUGCGACGGCAGCGCGCGGAGGAGGUGCGCCGUGUGCGGCCAACCAACAGCAGCAGCAAUAGCGGCAACCGUACGGAGGUCCACAACGGCAUCUCUGAUAGGUGUCCGCCACGCCACAGACCGGCCUUUUCCAGGAGAUUCACCGCCCACCCAGGUCCAAAUCCGCCCCCGCCGCCCCUGCUGGCCCCGCCUCACCCCUCGCUGCCGUGGAUCCCAGUGGAGCGUCAACGUCGUGUCAGCAUGAAUAGCAGCAGCGGGGGCGGACACAACGGGCCACUGUUGACGGGGGACUCACAGUCCCAACAGAGUCGCGGUAGUCGCCGCAACUUGGCGCGAUAUGAAGCAGUUAUCCGUGGUCAGCAAGGCAGGAGAUGGUAA